AUGCCUGCCACACGUGAUGAUGACGUUUAUCAAGCUAAAUUAGCCGAACAAGCAGAACGUUAUGAAGAAAUGGUUGAAUCCAUGAAACGAGUAGCUAAAAUGGAUCAAGAAUUAACGGUUGAAGAACGUAAUUUACUUUCUGUUGCUUAUAAAAAUUUAAUAGGCGCACGACGAGCAUCAUGGAGAAUUAUUUCGAAUAUCGAAAGUAAAGAAGAAAGUAAAGCAGGAAAUAGUAAAACUGCAUUCACCAAAAAAUAUCGCUCUCAGGUUGAAAAAGAACUACGUGAUAUAUGUCAAGAUAUUCUUGAUUUACUCGAUAAACAUCUUUUACCAAAUGCUGCAUCAGGUGAAAGUAAAGUUUUUUAUUUGAAAAUGAAAGGUGAUUAUCAUCGAUACAAAGCUGAAUUUGCCACACAAGAAGAUCGUAAAGAAGCUGCUGAAAGUUCUCUUAUUGCCUAUACAAAAGCCAAUGACAUUGCUCAAAAUGAAUUGCCACCAACACAUCCAAUUCGACUCGGUUUAGCAUUGAAUUUCUCGGUAUUUUAUUAUGAAAUUCUCAAUACACCAGAACGUGCUUGCCGAUUAGCUAAACAAGCUUUCGAUGAUGCAAUUGCCGAAUUGGAUACACUCAAUGAAGAUACAUACAAAGACUCAACAUUGAUUAUGCAACUCUUACGUGACAAUCUCACAUUAUGGACAACCGAUAUGCCUGGUGAUAAUGACAAUGCCCAGAAUGAAGUACAAGAUGUCGAUGAUGAUCAAAAGUGA